CCGCUGCUGCUCCUUCUCCUCCCUUUUCUUCCAGAAUGGCGAAAGGGAAAGGGAGUGAUGAUGGUUCGGGAGAUGCUGAUUCAGGUGCUUACACAGUUUUCAUGGACAGCAAUUUUGGUACCCAUCUCGUCAUGAUCGUAGCUGCGAAGGACACAGUCCGCGACCUUAAAGAGAAAAUAAUGAUUGAACACCCUUGUUGCUUUCCUAACAUCGGCAAGAUUAUUGUCAAUGCUUUAAAGGUAAAGCGCAAAGGUUGCUUUUAUCACCUAUCAGAUUCUAUGCUUGUUAGAAGUGUUUUCGACGGGUUUAUGAAAACAUGGUUUUUGCAAUUUGAUGCUUCUCGUGAAGGGGAACACAAGGAAAAUCCAUAUCACUUGGAGCCUUGGGCUAGUGAGCCACCAACCCAUGUGUUCACCAUAGAUGGCCCUUUGCCUGAAACAAAUACUCUUCUACUUGAUUGUCCUUCCAAAGAUGUGUCCAUUUUAGCUGUUCCUACGGUUCCUCAAAUUGCAAACAGCCAGCCAAGGGGUAUAUUUCCUCAAAACUCGUCUGAUGGCAAACAGAAACUUAAAAAUGCUGAUUCAGAGGGUUUAUCUAUUAGACUUCUUGAAGAUGAUCAUUUGAUUCCUCAAAACCUAUCAGAUGACAAACAAAAACCUAAAAAUGCUGAUUCAGGUAGGUUAAACGAAGAUGGCCCUUUGCUUAGUUCAGGCAAUAAGACAAAGAAAAAGAAAAAGAAUUAUAAACCAUCAAUUACCAAUGAUCAAGUAGACUAUGCAAUACCUUUUGGAAAAAAUGUAAGGGCAGAGACUUCAGAGGAAGCUUUGGGAAACAAUCAUGGAGAUUUGGAGGGAGAGAUUCAUGCAGCAUUGGCUAAUGAACAGACUAAUGCUGCUGAUCCUUUUGUUGCUCUUGACGUGUGUGAACCUGGUACUAGCAAGGUGGAGAGAGGGAAAACCUCUGACCACAUAGAGGCAUCCAGGGUAAGAAAGUCAAAAAGGUCAAAGAAACAUCAGACUGCCAGUAUGGAAGGACUUAAUCUGUCUGUGGUAGCUGAGCCUGGUAAGCUCACAAAGGAUGGCACAACUUUGGCGUAUGAAAAUGUUUGCAGUGACAACAGUGUUGGUGAUGUUGUAAGGGGAGAGACUUCUGAGGUAGCUUUUGGAAUCAACCAUGGAAAUUUGGGAGGAGAGAUUGAUCCAGCAUUGGCUUCUGGGAAAACUGAUGCCGCUGAUCCUUUUGUAGAUGUUGAUAUGCGUAAACCUGGUACGAGAAAUGUGGAGAGAUGGGAUACCUCUGACCUUGUAGAGACAUCCAGAGGAAAAAAAUCAAAAAGGUCAAAGAAACAUCAGGCUGCCAGUGUGAAAGGACUUGAUCUGCCCAUGAUUGCUGAGGCUGGUAAGCUAGCAAAGGAUAGCACAACUUUGGCGUAUGAUAAUGUUUGCAGUGACAACAGUGUUGGUGAUAAUGUAAGGGGAGAGACUUCUGAGGUAGCUUUUGGAAUCAACCAUGGAAAUUUGGGAGGAGAGAUUGAUCCAGCAUUGGCUUCUGGGAAAACUGAUGCCGCUGAUCCUUUUGUAGAUGUUGAUAUGCGUAAACCUGGUACGAGAAAUGUGGAGAGAAGGGAUACUUCUGACCACGUAGAAGCAUCCAGACGAAAAAAAUCGAAAGGGUCAAAGAAACAUCGGGCUGCCAGUGUGAAAGGACUUGAUCUGCCCAUAAUUGCUGAGGCUGGUAAGCUAGCAAAGGAUAGCACAACUUUGGCGUAUGAUAAUGUUUGCUGUGACAACAGUGUUGGUGAUGAUGUAAGGGGAGAGACUUCUGAGGUAGCUUUUGGAAUCAACCAUGGAAAUUUGGGAGGAGAGAUUGAUCCAGCAUUGGAUUCUGGGAAAACUGAUGCCGCUGAUCCUUUUGUAGAUGUUGACAUACGUAAUCCUGGCUGCCAGUGUCAAAGGACUUGA